AUGGCCCAUAAAUCAGAUAUUGCUCUUCAUGAAUUUUCACUCAACAUUGUAAAACAAACUGGACGUGCUCUGAGUCAUAUCCUUGAUAGCAAAUUUGGAUGUGUGGCCACCUUUGAAGGUGUGGAUUUUGAGAGUGAUGCAAGCUUUGGACAGCAGAAGAGGCAGACUGUUACACCAGAGAAGAGGUUUUCUGUCAAGCUGCGUGCAGGUGUUGAGGUGUCCGUGUGGAAGGCUGAUCUCACCAAUUUCCCAGUAGAGGCUGUUGUCAAUGCUGCCAACUGCAGUCUUCAUCAUGGUGGUGGCCUUGCAUAUGCUCUGUGUGAAGCUGGUGGUCCUCAAAUCCAAAUGGAGAGUGACGAUUACACACACAAACAUGGUCCCAUACCAACAGGAGAAGCAAUUGUCACUAAUGCUGGGUUGCUGCCUUGCAAGAAGAUAAUUCAUGCUGUGGGUCCAUGUCUGCCAAUUAAGCCCACUUAUUCUGAAUUUUCACAAGCCAAACGACAGUUGGAGCAGGCUAUCAGGAGCAUUCUUGACAGAGUUGACAAAGAUCAACUGGACACUGUUGCCAUUCCAGCUAUAAGCUCUGGGUUGUUCAACUACCCCCUGUCAGAUUGUGCUGAAACUAUAGUAUCAACUGUGAGAGACUACUAUGGAUUCUCCUCUUCCCGCUGGAAUCUUCCUCGAGAGAUAUUCUUUGUGAACCACGAUGAGCCAACGGUCACAGAAAUGAUGAACGCCUGCCAUAAGAUUCUAGCCCCUCACCAGCACUACCAGUUAGUACCGCAAGGGCAGGCACCAGGAACCCACACCAGUGGUGCUACCAAAACAUCUAACAUUUCCAUCCAGAUUAGGAAUGUCCUUUUGGCACUGAAGAGUGAUAACAUUGAAGAACAGAAGACCGAUGUCAUUGUAAACACAACAUCACUGGAACGAGACCUGAAAGUCGGUCAGGUCUCUAAAGCUUUGUUGAAGAAAGCUGGCGGAGGCCAUGCUCUGCACUGUCCAGGAGGAGUUUGUCAGAGAGGAAGAGGAUGA